GGUUGCAGCGCAAAGGAGGCGGGGGAAAAUCAUGUUCGGGUGAGCGCGCAAAAGAGGAAGGAGUUCCUGAAGAUCAGAUGAGCCAUUUUAAGCGACGUCACUUGACCCCCAUCGACUGUGAAGCUUUGACCCAGAGUCCAGAAGGCAUCUCACCCUUGACUCAACCUUUCAGCCAAAGGCGAAGGGGCAACCGAGACAUUAACAAAAGCCUCUACCCAACUUACCGGACAAAGAAGACUCAAAAAGGAGCAGGUCACCAGAGUAUCAUCACCGACUACUUCCAAAACAAAUCUCAUUCCUCAAGAUGUUCAGGUAACAUGCCAACAAGCAACAAAAUCAAAGCAGAGGAAUCUCUGGAAUCCUUAGCCAUGGAAGAUGAAGAUUCUUGCUCCCUUCUCGAAGGUUAUGUGGAGCCAGUAGUUUCUCAAAAACGACCAUGUUUCUCCCAAAACGACAUCAGCUGCCAUGUGGAUGGUGGCCAAUGGGAACAGGAGGACAAACCUUUGCUGGACUGGCUCUCUGAAUGCCCUCCGGCUAAAAGAAGUAACAAAGAAGAAAUUGAUGACACAGAGAUUGACCCACUUCCUGAUGCGCGUUUUGGGCUCUUUGGAACCCGAUGCUGGGAUGUGCCACAAGGGCACAUUGAUCAGCUGCCAGAUGAAGUCCUUCGUGAAAUCUUUGCCCUUGUGCCCGCUGCUGAUCUCUGCCGGAACCUCAGUCUGGUGUGUCAACGGUGGUGGCGGAUCAUCUCUGACUAUCAAUUCAUUCCGUGGAAAAAGCUCUACCAUCAGUACCUGAAGGCUGAUGCCCAAGCCCUGUUGACCAUCAAGGCAAUCCUGCACCAAUACCACCUAAACCGGGAGCAGAACCAAUGUAUGCUAGGGUUUAUCCGGUGUGUCUCUUCCAUCAAGAGCCAUUGUUGUAGGAAGCCUGAGGCCAUCCUGGAAUGCUUGAAAAAUCACUCGCUUUUCCCCAAAGCAGAAACCUGCAUUGCCAACAGGCUGCCUGACCUGCAGAGUCCCAAAGCUGGAGCUCCCUAUGCUUGGGCCAUGAUGUCUGCCAUUGUGCUUCUCUCUGGUACUGUCUGUGACAUCCAAGAACUGGUGGCUUGUCUCAGGAGACCCAGCUCUACCCUAUCACUAGUGGAUACCAUAGAGGUUCUGUACUGCAUAGCCACCCUGCUGUAUGCCAUGCGAGAGAAUGACAUCUACAUCAGUAACAGAAUUCACUACAAUAUUUUCUACUGCCUUUAUCUCCUGGAAAAUUCGAAGUGCGACCCAGUUAUCACAGAGCCCGAAUCAGCCCUCCCCAGGAAAGGAAGAGGCUUUCAGAGCAGCAACCGUCCUCCUAUACAACUCACUUCUGAACAGCAGCAGAUCUUAAAUCAUGCAGUUGCUCCAAAGCAGGUUGUGAAGAUAAUGGCUUUUGCAGGCACUGGGAAGACUUCCACUCUGAUCAGAUAUGCAGAAAAGUGGUCCAACCUCAGAUUCCUGUAUCUGGCGUUCAACAAGACCAUAGCAGAGCAGGGUGCACGGGCCUUCCCUCCAAAUGUGACAUGCAAGACGGUCCACUCUUUGGCUUUUGCAGAAGUCGGCAAGCAUUACCGCCAGAAUCGCAAGCUCAACGCUGGCUCUCUGACAUCCUACUGGGUGAGCUUUGUCCUCAACAAUCGCGAGGGACAGUCUCCAUUCAUCAGAGCCAAGACCGUCCUGCAGACACUCAGCACGUUUUUCGCCUCUGCAGAUGAUGCCAUCUCUUUGGAGCACACACCCAUCUGGUCCAAGAACACCCGUGGGGAUCAAGUUCUUGUGACACCAGCAGAGAAAAGGAUCAUUGUCCAAGAAGCAAACCAGAUAUGGGAGAAUAUGAAAAUGUUGACUCCAACCAGGGAAAUAGCAUACAGGAUGACCCAUGAUGGCUACUUGAAGUUGUGGCAACUUAUGAAGCCAUCACUGUCCUAUGAUGCCAUCUUUGUGGAUGAGGCUCAGGACUGCACCCCUGCCGUUAUGGACAUUGUCCUUUCCCAGCCAUGUGGGGUGAUCCUGGUAGGCGACCCCCACCAACAGAUCUAUACCUUCCGGGGUGCCGUCAACGCUCUGUCUGAAGUGCCCCACACUCACAUCUACUACCUCACCCGGAGUUUCCGGUUUGGUGCUGAAAUAGCUUAUGUCGGUGCUACUAUCUUGGAUGUCUGCAAGAAAGUUCGGAAUAAAAUGCUGGUCGGGGGCAGUCAGGAGGGCGAUGUCAGCGGAGUUGGCACAACGGGAAAGGUUGCCCGCUUGUCCAGGAACAACCAGACCGUCUUUGAAGAUGCGGUGAAUGUUACUGAUGGAGGGUCUCUUGCGAAAAUACACUUUUUGGGAGGGCUUAGUGCUUUUGGCCUUGAGAAGAUUCAUGAUGUCUGGAAACUCUUUCACCCAGAAUUGAAGCUCGAGGUGAGGGAUUCUUUUCUCAAAAAUUGGGUCGGGAAGGACUUCUUCAGCCUCAAGGACUAUGCAGUCAAGGCAGAAGACAAGCAGAUGGAGAGAAGGAUCGCCAUCGUGGAGAAAUACAGAGACCAAAUUCCGGAGCUGUUGGAGAGGAUAACCCAGCAUCACGUGCUCAGUCCAGAGACAGCAGAUUACGUCCUGGGAACCGUCCAUAAGGCCAAAGGCUUGGAGUUUGACAUCGUCCAAGUGGCGAAUGACUUUGUGAACGUCCCUGUUCCACGGCAUAACCUCUCGAGGCUGCCCAUGUUUCGUAUUGAUGCUGUCCCUGAUGAUGAAUGGAACCUACUGUAUGUCGCUGUCACCCGUGCCAAAAAGCAGCUCAUCCUGCCCAAAUUUCUAACCCAUCUCUUGACAAUGGCUGGAGAGUACUAUUUACGGCCCGAGUUAACAAGCAAUGUCUGCAAAGAUGGGCAGGUCAUGUGCUCAGUGCAGGGUUGCUCUAACACCAUACCUCCUGAAUCGUUCUUAACCAUGAAGAAAAUGCCUUUUGUUUAUAGCGAUGGCACCAGAGAACCCGAGGGCAUCCUUUGCCCCGCCUGCGUGGAGAUUCGCCUGGGACCCCUGGCAUGGUUGACCGUUUCCCCCGAAGUGGUGCAAGCCAUGGGACCCACGGAAGAAGUCUUUGAGGUUCCACAAAGGAUGCAGUUCCUCUUGGAGUGGUUUUGAAUGAGAGGAAGACCCACCAGGAGUGGUUCUGAUUAGAAAUGAGGGAUGUUUUUCAAAGCAAUUUUUAAAAAGAAACAAAUUACAAGAAAAAAUGUUGAGAAUAUAUUUUUGUAAAAACAAACAAACAAACCACCUUUCUUCUGGAGAACAUUGUUACUGCGAUCUAGGAAAAGAGAACAGCCAGAGAAGAGCCUUCUGCAGAAAAUUCUUCCUGGAUUGGCAGACCUUUUUGCAGUGUAUCAGGGACAGAAAAGUGUAGUUUGCCCCCCUUUUCACAAAAUCAGACAGAAAGCACCCCAUUAGGACUUCCAUUUACAUCUGAAGAACUAAUUUUGGAGUGGCCGGAUUCCUUUCCACAAUCCCCCGUGAGCUGGAUUCCUUACCCACCAACCCUUUUGCCCAUAGGACACAACACUCCCUGGUGUCACUGGCUCCCCGUCCAAUGGUUGGACUGGAAUUUUUCCUGGCUUUGGCAGGGUAAUAAAUCCAAAUACAUUCCACUGACAUUUUGGGAUCUAGCAGAAUUGAAUUUAACAACACCUGAAACGCCAGCCUAGUGUGCUUUGCCCUCACUGUGGGGGAAAGGAAGAAGAGAAUGCAAAUCCCCAGAUAUGGAAAUCUUCCCCUGUUUUACCUCGCCCUUAGAUUAGGGCGAGCCUUCAGGUAAGGAUGACUCCACUGCAGGGAGGAGAGUUGCCCUCAGGGAUGCCAAAUCUAAGGAGCAAGGUCAGCCCACAAACCUCUGGUUCCCUGCUCCAGAUUUUCCCAUCCAGUGUGCCUCUUGUACCACAUCCAUAGGUAGAACUGGAUGGAGAUAGGAUUGAAGCAGAAGCAAAGACCAACUUGCUGCUCAGCUCCAAUUGUUGUAAGUUCAGGUGAUGAAGGCAGGCAGGAUCCAUGGGGACGAAGAAGAAUGGCUGUUGUUCCGAGUUCCUCCUCUGGCUCAUUGUAGAGAAUUGCUUGCUCAAGUCAUCUCACAAGAGUGUACUGCUGCUUUUGCAGCUUCCUGCGAAUGUUAGACAUCUGGAAGGGACUUUGGAAGAAAGACCUAUUUAAAAUAAAAAGCUGGCCAGCUCCUGCUCAGAGAUGUGGCUCUGGGAGGUCAGAUAGGCCAGCCAUCUUGACAUUAGGACAUUGCUCUCCAAAGUGAUUCUGCGGGUCCACAAUGUUUACCUAUGGAUUACCCUUAUUUGAAGAAUGGCUGGGGCAAUGGGGUGCUUGCACAACCUUUUAUGACAAUAUUAGUUUCCAGAUGUGGUCCUUAGCGCCACCCCCCCCCCCCCUCAGAAAAAGCGGUAUUUAGAGGGCAACAGCACACUGAUAAACCCAUGAUGUAGCCUUGUUUUGCUUCAUUCUCCCCUGAAAUGUUAAAACUGGGGAAACAUUACUAUGAGGGACUACAGUUCCCAGAACUGGUCAAGCCACCUGGAGAUGCUGGGAGUGGUAGUCUGGAGAUUCUGUUGGGUUCCUGUGCUGGGAAUACAAUAAUGUUUUACUAAAUCUUUUCAGACUUUAUUUUCAUUUGGGACUUGCAUUACUAAACACUUGUCAGAACAAAAAAAGUAUUACCUUUGCAUUUAAAUUUCGAUGCCGUGGAAUAGCUUCACAUAUUCCUGCCGUACCGGGUUUGUUUUCAUCCUCAGAGAUGUGGGAUUUCCCCCUCUUUUUGGCAUUUUGCCAGGGUGCACCCCCCCCAUCCCAGUAUAAACCAGUUUCCCGAUGUCAGGCAGGGGCUAGACCCCUUGUUCCUUUACAGUAUUACUUUUCUUUUUGUGUCUUCCUUUGCAUAUCAGAAAUGAAAGAUUUAUUUUAGCCACUUUUAAAACAAAAAAAUCAAUUUAUUUUUAAACUUCAGAAUUGUUUUUAAUCCCAAACAGUGCUGUUUUUCUGGGUGAAUUUUGUGAGAUGCCUAUUUUGCAAUAAACAAAUUUUGCUUAUAA